GCGAGUAAGUAAAUAAUGGAUCAGAGGAUCUCAUCCAGUCAUUUUGUGAUGGUAACCUGGGCAUGGCUCUCCACAACAUGGAUGUGGCUGUAUGGUCUUUGCCUGGUUGGCGGGGGGCUUUCCCUGCUCUACGCGCUGUCCCGCUGGCUGAUCCCAGCCCUGGCGCAGUACAACGGGUCGCUGGCGUUGCUCUGGAACGACACUAUCCUGGAGCGGGCGCUGGACCUGCUGACCCGCUCGUCCCGGCCUCAGCGCAUGCUGGCGCACGUGAAGCGUCACGCCGCGAGGGGGGACCCCCAGAGCGUCAUCGACGCCAUCGACUACUUCUGCCGGCACAAGGAGUGGGCCAUGAACGUGGGCGACGAGAAGGGCACCAUCCUGGACUCGGUGGUGUGUGAAGUGAGCCCAGGAGCCGUGCUGGAGCUGGGCACUUACUGCGGCUACUCCACCAUGCGGAUCGCCCGGCUGCUGGCCCCCGGCGCCCGCCUGAUCACCCUGGAGUUCAACCCCGCCAACGCCGCCGUGGCCCGCCAGGUCAUCGCCUGGGCUGGCCUGGAGCACAAGGUGCAGCUGGUGGAGGGCUCCUCAGGUGACCUGAUCCCGCAGAUGCGAGAGAAGUUUGGGAUCGACAGCUUCGACUUAGUCUUCCUGGACCACUGGAAAGACUGGUACCUGCCUGAUACCAGACUGAUGGAGGAGCUGGGACUGCUGCACAAGGGCUCCGUGCUGCUGGCGGACAACGUCAUCUGCCCCGGGGCGCCCGAGUACCUGGCGUACGUGCGGAGCAGCCCCCGCUACGACAGCCGCUACUUCAAGUCGCACCUCGAGUACACGUACGUCGAGGACGGGCUGGAGAAGUCCGUCUUCCUG